UUUCCCCAUCUGUGCUUUAAAUCUGACAACAUCAGUUUUACUCUCAACUCCACUGUCAUCUUUUCAUGGACAGCACACACUAAUGCCAAAAAGAAACCCCCGUGAUUCACAGAAUAACCGCCGACACCAUCCACUCCAGCUGUGCGUAAAAACAUGCGUCCAUGCGCAAAAGGGGAGCGCCGCGGUGCAAUAGAUGAAAUAAAGACGAUGACAUUGAAGCUGAAUUUGAAAUAAUCCAGCAGAGAGGUAUGGUCUACCUGCACACACGGUGUUCAUUAUCAGCUGUAGUUCAAAAGGUUUGAGCUUUUAUACUUUUACGCAGAGACGUUUGGCUGAAAUUACGCACGGUGUGCGAUGAUGGUGAUGCUGGUGAAACUUGUUCUGGUGGCUGUGCUGCUUCUGACAAAUGUUUUCUGUCGAGAAAUGGAUGUUGACUAUUGGACAGAAGGCAUCGAAGAGAGCAUUUCACCAAACUCUGAAGUAACUCGAGGUAUAUUUGUGGUAAUGACCAAAAAACCAGGACCACGCCAGUAUCUCGGACUCAUGGGGAAGAAAGACUCCAGACAUACAUUUCGAACGUUUGUGGGUCUCAUGGGUAAAAGAAGCUUUGAUUAAAAGGUAUGAUCUUUCUAAUAGUGACAUUAAAUAUAUGUUGAAAGGUUUAAUUAGGAAGAAAAGCUGCCUAGUAACAGCUGAUUUCAUCCCCAUGCAGGAGCCAUGUGAGCCGCACAGAAGACUGAAGAUCUGCUUUUGUGUUUUUGUUUCAAUUUCAGAUGUUUGAUUUUGUUUUUGAUACAAAAAAAAUGUAAAAGUAAAAGUGCUUGUCAAGAGUUUGAGUUCAAACAGCGCCACCUGCUGAUGAAAUAACAUGAAGGAAACAUGACAUGAGAUAAAUCCAUCAACUCCUCAAUAUCAUCACAGGUUUAUUAAGUGACUUUGUACAAUACAAAUGAAAAAUAAAAUUAAAAAUACAGAGAUGGAGUACAUAGGCUAAAGCAA